CCACCCACCUUUCAUGACUUCCAAGCCCUGUGUGCCAAUUAAGGUGCAGGGUUUAGCGACUUCCUUGGAUACGAUUAGCGUCCCCGGUAACAAAAAUGAAAGGCAAGGGGAACAACUGUAAAGCCUUUGGUGUCAACUAAAAAAAGUGCAAGGUACGAAAUAAGCAAUCCUCUUUGUAAACAAGCUACAUAUCUAAUUAUGGAGGCAUUAAACUAGAUGCCCAGAAAAUUGCAUUCAUUUGAGUGCAAAGAGUAUACCUGGCUACAUCAUUGAGUCCAGCAACUGAUCACAAAGGAAGGUAAGUUUCCAUGGCUGGGCUAAUGCUGUGUGACCCAUCUGAGCUGUACAACAUUCUGAACCAAGCCACUACAUUCUCCAGACUGACUGACACAAAUUAUCUCUGUUUACUUGAUGCACGUAAAAAAUCUGAGUAUGAUGAAAGUCAUGUGAUAACAGCCAAAAGAGCCAAAGAGGAUGAGAAUGGGGAAUACUUGGUCCCUCCCGCUGUUGAACUGGAAUGCCUAAGAUACUGUAUUGUUUAUGAUGGGCAUACAGACUCAUUGAGUGGGGAUGGGCCUGCAAUUCGAUGUGCCAUUGUUCUAGAAGAGAUCAGCCGAAAUCCAAUUCGUAUCCUUAAGGGAGGCUAUGAAGUGUUUUCUGCUUACUACCCUUUCUUCAGAACGCAGACCAUAAUGUAUACUCCACUGGAAAUGGAUGCCCUGCAGCCUUAUCCAGUGGAGAUACUUCGGGCUCAGCUAUACAUGGGAAAUUUCAGACAAGCUAAUGAUCCUCACAUCCAGAAAGAUCUGAAGAUAAAGGCGCAUGUUAAUGUUUGCACUGAUAUUGCAAAUAUCUUUAAAGACCAUGAAACAGGUCAACUCUUGCAUAUCUCUGUAGAAGAUUCUGGAGAAUGUGAUUUAUUGUCAUUCUUCCCAGAAGCAUGCAACUUCAUCGAAUUGCAUAAUGAGAAACAGUCAACAGUACUUGUUUUCUCCACACUUGGUAUAAGUCGCAGCAGCACAAUAGCUAUGGCCUACUUGAUGUAUAAGAAACAAUAUACGUUACAGUAUGCUUGGAAAUAUAUGCGAAAGUGCAAAAUGAAUAUAAGACCAAACCGUGGCUUUGUUGAACAGCUGUCAAAGUGGGAGGAGAGAAUUAUUGGAACAAAGACUACAGAUAUCUCAGAUCCAAACUUCUGACAGAUGCCAAAUGAACUUUAAUCUCAGAUUUUCAAAUUAAUAAGGAACUGAAAGAUGUAAGCUGAAUUAAACUGUACAUUAUUUUCACAGGUGCUCAGACCAAAAGAAGCACUGUAGCUAUUAUAUUCCUUCAUACAUUUUUAAAUAAAAAAUAAACAAUAUUAAA